AUGGCGGUCACCUUGCCCAUCACAGAUCCGAUCCUAGCCUCGCUGGCAGAGCUAGAACCCAGCAGCAACAAUGACGAGCCGGGCUUUGGCCUGUACGACCGUCGCAGGCGGGACGGAGAGGCAGCCGAAGAGCACGACGGUCACGUGUACGAGGACCUACGCGGCGCGCGAGCGCGACGGCUGUUCUGGCUCGAGUUCGACGCGCUGGAGCAGGAGGCAGUGGAGCCGUUGCCGCCAGGCGCGCCGACGUCGCUGCGGCAGUUUGGGCAGCUGCCAGCCGAGAUCCGCCUCCAGGUUUGGGCGGCGGCGCUGCGUCAGCAGAGGCGCGUGAUCACGGUCACGUGCCACUCAGCAGACUCGACGUACUUGUCCGGAGUGCCGGGGCAGUGCGUCUACGACCGGAUGUCGCCACAGCGCUGGUCGCCGGCGCUGCUGCCGGUGCUGUUCCGGGUCAGCCGUGAAGCCCUGGCCGAUCUGGCAGAGGCGCCGGCGCGCAUCUUCACGGCCGGCCAUCAGCCCGUCAGCUCGCCCGAGACUCGCGACCGGCCGCAGCACAGCCUCACCAGCAUUCCGAAGAACACGUACCGGCGGCCUGGAGGUCAUGGCUGCCUCUUCAACUUCGAGACCGACGUGUUGCUGCUCCAGGGCGACCUCGAGCCGCACGACGACGCCGCCACUACAUCCAUGGUCUACUUUUUGUCCAGGGACGAUACCCGCCGCGUGCGCCACGUUGCCUGCUCUGCCAUUGCUCUCGGUGUCGGUCGCCUGCAACCCGAGCUGCUGUUCGCACGCCUCUUCCCCAUCGUCGACCGCUUCCACAUCGUCGACCGCCUCGUCGUCGUCACGCCCCCCACAACGGCUGGCAACGAUGGCGACGACGGCGACGACAGCACUGGCUGCGGCUCCCAACACCAGAAAAAGCCGAUCCGGUACGACGACAUCUGCCAGCAGGUGUGGAGCCGCUGGACCAACAGCCAGAACAUGCCGCAGCUACUAGGCGCUGUAGACGGGGAAGCAGAUGGCCAGGAGGGCAGCACGGUCGUUGGUAGCAACGAGAACAGCAACGGAAACAGCAAUGCCAACGGGAAUGCUACCAACAACAACGACAUGCUGGCCACCCUCUACUACUCGCCCAGCAGCCGCAAGGACCGGAUCCGCAUCAUCACAGUACCCCAAGACCAGCUUCAGGCCUAUGUUGCUGACAGGUAG